GUUACGCGAACGCGAAUAAAUUGCAGUUUCGCGGAACUGCUGCGCUGCGUGUUACUGUGGGAGCGUGUGCGUGUGUGUGUGUUUGCGUUUGUGUGUGACAGUGAAUAUGUUAAAGACAGUCAUUGAACAGCCAUCAUCAUUAGAACAUAAAACAAAUGUUGAGGUAGUCUUGCAAGUGGAAGUCAAUAAAGAAGUCACCAACAGCAAUUCGGAAGUUAGCAAAAGUGGAACAGCACAGGAAAACGAAAACGAAAAUGCCGAAAAAGAAAUCAAUUCCCACGUAUGCAAUGAAAACAUUGCUGUUGUUGGUGGUGGUAAAGCGUCGGCAAGAAACCCAAACACUAAACAAAUAAAAUCAGCCAAACGCGAAAAGUUAACAACAAUUUUCAGCGAUGAAGCCAACAGCAAAUCCAUUUCGGGUGUUAAAACUCAACAGGAAGCAGUUCCUAGACUAUUUAAGACAAAGUCAGAACGACAAUUCAAUCACAAACAUAACGAAAUUUUGGUAACAGAUGCCAUACGUAAACUGACCAAGAAAUCGGUGACCACCAUAAAAGAUAAACAACAGACGCCCAAUGAUGCCACACCGAUUACCUCCAAUGGCAGUGUCAUCAUCGAUAAGCAAGUGUCGGUGUCGGGGCCAUUCAAAAAAGUCAAGUGCAUCUACACCAUACUCAACAAUGAUCAGAUCAAUACGCUGCGCCGCCAUGCCCAAGAUGCGGUUAAACAGAAUAAAAUCUUUACCAUACGGGGCAACUAUAAUUCGGUGCGCCAUGCCUUGAAAACUCGUGGCUGGGUGGAAAAACUCGAAUAUCAUCGGAAAUCUGUAUUCGUGCCAAGCACCCAGAUCAAUCCAUGUGAUUUGUCGCAGGUUCUACCAAAAAGAAGAACGGGAGAAACUCAGCGACAAUUCAUAGCCAAGGUGGAACGAAAUAUUAUGUCACGCUACAUUGAACAUGUACCGUGUGACCUGCUAUGGACGCCACACAAGGAGAAGGCCGACUAUGUGGAACAGUCAAAGAAUCCCAACAUGCUAAUCAAUAAAUUCAACCGUGCCCCCUUUACCAACAAGGAGAAUCUGAAUAGCUUUCUAAGGGACAUUGCCGCCUUCUACGAAGAAGGUGUGGCAGAAAGUCGUUUUCCACGUUGCUACAAUGUCUGGUCACCGGAGGAGCUGGGCGAGUUUAUAGAACAUUUCAAGCUCACCGCCUGCAUAGCAUUUGUUCGCUGGCUGGUGGAAAGAUAUCAGGCGGGUGGUUUUGAUGUUGUUUUUUCGGCCACCGGCAAGGUGCCAUUCACCUGCAUUGAAUUCGCCUACAAACGCUGUCAUGAGUACCUCGACGCAUGCCAACACAAUGACAUAGACUCCGAAGAUCCCAAUAUUUGGGAGCAUGACUGGGAUGCAUUUCUCAAUCAUCACUAUCAACUAACUCAUGAGGGAUUUAAAAUACUUGCCGAUCCGCAGAAAAUUAUGGAGAAUAUAAUUAUAAAAGGUGCCCAGAUAUUGGACAGCAUUGUACCCUUUUGGCCACAAUACUCAAUAGAUGGUUAUCAGAAUUUGUGGAUAAUAAAACCGGCCAAUAAAUGCCGUGGACGGGGCAUAAUGCUGAGCAAUAAUCUGAAGAAAAUCGUUAACAUUGUUAAUCCACCAAUUGCCUCCAAAAGUCGUUAUGUCGUGCAAAAGUAUAUGGAACGUCCUUUGAUUAUACACCAAACAAAAUUCGACAUACGUCAAUGGUUUCUCAUCUCCAGCAUUAACCCUUUAAUGAUCUGGAUGUACAAGGAAUGCUAUUUACGCUUCAGUUCACAAGAAUACACGCUAACCAACCACCACGAGUCGGUGCACUUGACCAAUCAUGCCAUACAAAAGAAGUACACCAACAAUGGCAAACGUGACAAACGUUUGCCCAGCGAAAAUAUGUGGGACUCGUAUUCAUUUCAAGCCUACUUGCGACAAAUCGGAAAACAAGAAGUUUGGUUGGAACGCAUAUAUCCUGGCAUGCGUAAGGCCAUUGUGGCAGCCAUUCUGGUGUCACAAGAUCACAUGGAACGUACACCGAACACAUUUGAACUGUUCGGAGCGGAUUUUAUGAUUUGUGAAAACUUUUAUCCGUGGUUAAUUGAAAUUAAUUCAAAUCCGGAUUUGGGAGCAACAACAAGUGUUACGGCUCGCAUGUGCCCCCAGUGUUUGGAGGAUGUUAUAAAAGUUGUUAUCGAUCGUCGAAAUGAUUUCAAAGCCGAUGUGGGAAAUUUCGAAUUAAUCUACCGUCAAGUAAUACCACCCACCCCGGCCUACAUGGGACUCAAUCUGAUUGUUAAGGGUAGACAGAUUUCAAAUCGUGGUGGUGGUGGUGGUCACCAUCACAAUAGCUAUGGUUAUCAUCGCAAGGAAAAGUCACUGCAAACAAGUCAAAUUUAUAAGCAGCGCACCACAUUGGCCCUGUCAAAUGUCUCACAGACACACAACAACAAGCCAGCUAUGCCAGCCUUCAAUGCCACCGAAUACAUCGAAAAAUGUCUCAAUGUUGAGAUGGCAAAUAGUCCACGUAGUACGAGUGUUCCCAGUUUGAUAGGCCUAACAACGACGGAUAGAAAACUAUUACCACCCACCACUCCAGCUACAACGGAUAGUAGAAGUAAAUCCUUUGUAAGUCUAGCUACUGGCACAGUAAAGCGUAUGCCAUCGACAAAAACUCCUGCCAUCGCUAAUCCCAUAUGUGAUGUUUAUUCAACGCUGAAAAGACAUCGCAGUUGUGGUCCCAGGCUCAAUACCCAUUGUGGAGCCAACACGAAUACCUGUAAAGAUUUACAAAAAUCCAAAUUCUUUGUGGCGAGCUAUAAUCAACAAAAAGCCAUUAAUUCAUCACGCAGUGCUGGACGUUUGAAAAACAAUCACUUAGAUGCUCCCUCGCUGAGCAUUAGCAAGUCGGCAGACAACAUCAAGGAAUUAUACAAUAGCCCGCUCAAAAAUAAUGUCAAAAUGAAUAAAAGCCUUAGUCCUUUAUUACCGGCCAGUCGGACGCCAAAGACACGGCUUGAAAGUAUUGGCGGUAAGGUAAAGAAACAAGCGGAGCCUAAUCCCACCACCAUACAUGCCAUUGGCAGGGGCAUAGCCAGUUGGAAUACGAAAAGAAAACUUGUAGUUUCCAAAACACAUUCAGCAGCUCCCCCCAUAGCUAUGAAACACGUGGAUUAAAAUACUGCAUCAUCCAAUGACUUCAGCAGAGAUCGAUAAUUGAUUCGUGUAGUUUUAAUUUAAUGCAUUUUAUGUAGUUGUGAUUAUUGUUGUUAAAUUGCUUAAUGAAAAAUAAAUAUUAAAUUGUACUUACCUUAUUUGGGCAUUGUAUAUCGCAAGGCUAAUGCUUCUUUGG